CGCAUUUCCAGAAAGCUGUGUCUUUUCGGAUGGUUUGCGCAAUGAAACGGCGCCGGCGCUGAGGCUUCAGUGGUCUUCGCCGGCGAUAACGAUCGAUCAGAGCUAACGCGUAGUAUGACGUAGGGCCACGACGAUCUGGACGAUGGAAGAUUUCGCGCUCCCAACAGACGCAACGCCUCGUUCCAGCGCUAUGCUGUGCUCCAUCGAUCAUGGUUUUCUUUCUCUUAUCUUCUUUCCCUUCUUCCAUUGAAAUUCACACCUCUGUCGUUACUUACUCAAGAGCUUCUUCUCAUUCAAUUCCCGAGCGCUUUCUUUCUUCGUCACUCGCUUUGUGAAGACCAUCGAACCCGACUAUGCGAGUACGAUCCAGACAGUCUUCAGGGACCGAUAGCACUGACGAGUUUCUCAACUUGAUUGCAGAUCCCUUCCAGGCUGAGAUUCAACAAAACUCCAUCUAUGCCGCCAUAAUAUGGUCCUUCGCGGUCUCGGGAGGCUUAUUCCUCGUCUUUUGCUGGCUCCGGCCACGAAAUUCUCGAGUAUACGCGCCGCGAGCUAAGCACGCCGACGAGAAGCAUGCCCCAAGGCCUCUGGGCCGGAAGCCAUUCAGUUGGUUUCAUGCAGUGAAGGAUGUCAAGGAGCACGAGCUAGUUGAGAAGAUCGGCCUGGAUGCUGUGGUCUUUCUUCGCUUUCUUCGAAUGAUACGGGAUAUCUUCGUCGUGCUUUCCGUAUUCGGGUGCGGUAUAUUGAUACCGGUCACUGUUGUCGGAGGCUCUGCCUUCUACGAGCAGUGGAGUGAAAUUUCAACCUUGCUGAAGUUUACACCACAGUACAUAUUCGGACCCAAAUUUUGGGCUUAUGUUGUGUGCUCCUACCUUUUCCAGGCGACUGUCUGCUUCUUCGUCUGGUGUAAUUACAGAGCUGUCUAUAAGCUCCGGAGAGCGUACUUUAACAGCACCGAUUACAAGUCAAGCUUGCACUCCAGGUCCCUGCUGCUCACACAUAUUCCCGAAUCCGCCCGCACGGACGCUGGAAUCGCUGAGCUAGUCGAAGAAGCUAGACAGACGCAGGGUGUGCCUCGAACGGCUAUCGGCAGGAACGUAAAAGACCUUCCAGAGUUGAUUGAGGCACACGAUGAAGCGGUUCGCAAACUGGAAAGGAACCUAGCCAAGUAUCUUCGCGACCCAGACAACUUGCCCGAAAAGCGGCCAACAUGCACGGUUGCCAAAGGAGAUAGGGCGGCGUACGGGCAAAAGAAGGUUGACGCUAUUGACUACCUGACUGAUCGAGUUGCGCGUUUGGAAACGGAGAUCAAGGAGGUUCGCGAAAGCAUCGACAAGCGGAACCUCAUGCCGUACGGAUUUGCCAGCUAUACGCAGAUUGAAGAUGCUCAUGCCGUUGCGUACGCUUCCAGGAAGAAGGGACCAGGCGGCUGCGACAUCUACCUUGCGCCCAAGCCACAUGAUCUUUUGUGGCAAAAUCUGCCUAUGAGUCGAGCAACUAGGAGAGCACGCAAAUUCUGGGAUGGUCUAUGGAUGGCCCUCAUCACGAUCGUCUUCAUCGUUCCUAACAUUUUCACUUCCGUUUUCCUCUCCGAUUUCUCGCAUCUUGGGCUGGUCUGGCCUUCCUUCCAGGAAAACCUCCAGGCUCACCCAACGGGAUGGGGUAUUGCGCAGGGUAUCCUGGCUCCCCUAGUCCAGACCUUGAUAUAUAUGGGCAUCCCAGUUCUGUUCCGCCGCCUGUACACGCACUCGGGAGAUGUGUCGAAGACCGCUAGGGAGCGGCACGUCACGUCACGCUUAUACGCCUUCUUCGUCUUCAACAACUUGGUUGUGUUCUCUGUCUUCGGAUCGGGCUGGCGCUUUGUCGCAUCUGUGAUCGCCGCCCAGGACCAAGGCGUUUGGGAAGCCAUCCGAUCCAGCCAUCUUUUCUCGAAGGUCAUGACAGGGCUUUGCAACGUCAGCAGCUUCUGGUUGACUUGGCAGAUGCAAAAGAACCUCGGUGCCGCAACCGAUCUAGCGCAAGCUUUGCCCCUUGUCUGGAGUUACAUCCAACGAAAAUGGUUCUCGCCCACGCCUAGACAGUUGAUUGAGCUCACUGCCCCGCAACCGUUUCAGUAUGCCGACUAUUACAACAACUACCUGCAAACUGCGAUCGUGGGGCUUUGCUUUGGUACGCUUCAGCCCAUCAUCCUUCCCAUCACGGCAUUCUACAUCGGCAUCGAAGUUUGGUUUAAGACAUACCUACUUCAGUACGUUUUUAUCACGAAGACGGAAUCGGGAGGCCGCUUCUGGCGUCUGCUCGUCAACCGACUCCUCUUUUCUGUGCUACUGGGCAACGCCGUGAUCGCUCUAGUGGUGGGCGCCCAAGGUAUCGGCUCGAUCAACUCCGUGCGCAAUGGCUCCAUGCUGUACGCAAUGAUACCGCUACCGUUCCUCCUCUUCGGAUUUAAAUGGUACUGUAAACGCGCAUUCGACGACAAGAUCCUGUAUUACUCUACGGAGCCAUUCUCGGACAUCGAAAGUUCCAGUCGACCAGACGUUCCCAAGCCGAAGCGCAACGACAGAGUAGCUGUCCGCUUCGGACAUCCCGCUCUCUACAAGCGCCUCAUAACCCCCAUGGUACAUGCCAAGUCCCAGCACUUACUCAAAGAGAUAUACGGACAUGGUUCAAAUAUGGACCGUGGCAUUUUCGAAGCGCCGCAUCGUCAGUCGACUGAUCGGGCAAUGGCAAAUACAUACAGUGACGUGUUCAUGGCCGAGAUGAACUACGAAGAGCCGGGCAAGGUGGUGGCAACCCAGGACAUACCGCCUGUCGAGAUCGUAGCAGAGCAAGAUCUAGACUUCGAGAACUUCAAGAAGAGGGCCGAGUUCAGGGAGGAAUUUGGCGGCGAUGGCGAGUUGUACGGUCGACCCGAAGAUCUCAUUUCAAGGGCUGGGACGCCUUCCACAUUUGUCACAAUGACUGAUGUCGGCCUUUACGGAAAAGGCAAGAGCAAAGAUGAAACCAAAAACUCCACAAGAAAUUCGAGUAUGACGAGGUUAGAAGAGGUGGCUGCGCAGGAGGAAGAGCAAGAGCAAGGAACAACUUAUGCGCCUGGAUAUCUGCCGACUCCCGGAAUAGACCGAUUCGAGGAUGUGGGCAUCGAUAUCCCGACAACGCCCCUAGAAACAGAUGACAUCUUGCAGGCCGGGAGGAUGGCGAGUGAAAGGGAGAGCAUCGGGGAGCGGCUGCUUAGUAGGGAAACGUCCAAGGAAGAUGAAGGAUAUUUCGCAGGGGUCGUAAGGGAUGAAGAUACGAGUUAUGACCGGUAUAGACAAAAUGUAUAGACAAAAGACGAUAGAUAAGAGGUAAAUUAUGGGAUCAGUGGACAGAAAACUGUUCUUGUUGACACUGUCCUGCCACGCCAAGAACUGAAAGAGCACGCUAACACUGCGCUAGAGAAUCCUGGCUCGUAGUUGUCUGCUGGUACUAUACCCGGAGAGCUCUUCGUUAAGAUUCUCCUCAUGUG